AGUGGUGAAUAUCCACUGAUAAUGACAGGCCAGCAGUGGAAGAAGUUCCGUCAGAACUUCUGUGACUUUGUAGCUCAACUUGUAAAGCAGUGUCAGUACUCUAUUAUCUAUGAUCAGUACCUGAUGGACAAUGUGAUAUCCCUACUUACUGGACUAUCCGACUCCCAAGUUCGAGCUUUCAGGCACACUGCAACACUUGCUGCCAUGAAGCUGAUGACGGCACUGGUAGACGUAGCUCUGGUCGUGUCGGUUAACUUGGACAAUACACAACGACAGUAUGAGGCUGAGCGACAAAAAGCUCGGGACAAGCGAGCCAGUGACCGACUUGAGUCUCUCAUGGCCAAGCGGCAGGAGCUAGAGGAGAACAUGGAUGAGAUCAAAAACAUGUUGACUUACAUGUUUAAGUCAGUUUUUGUCCACAGAUAUAGGGAUACUCUGCCGGAAAUAAGAUCCAUCUGUAUGGCUGAGAUUGGCGUUUGGAUGAAGAAGUUUCACCAGAACUUUCUGGAUGAUUCCUACUUAAAGUACAUUGGAUGGACACUACACGAUAAAGUGGGGGAAGUGAGACUGAAAUGUUUACAGGCUCUACAGCCUUUGUAUGCAUCAGAGGAACUGAAAGGAAAGCUGGAACUGUUCACCAGCAAGUUUAAGGACAGGAUCGUGGCCAUGACACUAGACAAGGAGUAUGAUGUUGCAGUGCAAGCGGUCAGACUUGUCAUCAGUAUCCUCAAACAUCAUCGUGACAUCCUGACAGAUAAGGACUGUGAGCAUGUGUACGAGUUGGUGUAUUCCAGUCACCGAGCUGUAGCCCAGGCAGCUGGUGAGUUCCUCAACGAGCGGCUGUUUGUACCUGAGGAUGUUGGAGCCACAAUACGGACUAAGCGGGGCAAGAAACGGCUCCCCAAUACACCCCUCAUCCGGGACUUGGUCCAGUUCUUCAUUGAGUCUGAGUUACAUGAACACGGAGCAUAUCUAGUGGACUCUCUCAUUGAGAGCAAUGACAUGAUGAAAGACUGGGAAUGCAUGACGGACUUGCUCUUGGAAGAGCCUGGUAUCCAAGAAGAGCCCCUGGACGACAGGCAGGAGACCAGUCUGAUAGAGCUGAUGGUAUGUUGUGUGCGGCAAGCAGCCAUGGGGGAAGCACCGGUGGGUAGGGGUCCAAACAGAAAGAUUCCGUCAGUAAAAGAGAUCAAACAGGUUCAAGAUGAUAAGCAGAAGCUUACAGAACACUUUAUCUCCACUCUGCCGCCUCUCAUCGACAAGUAUCGGGCCGAUCCUGACAAGCUUGCCAACCUCAUCUCCAUCCCGCAGCACUUUGACUUGGAGAUCUACACAACCUCCAGACAGGAAGCAAAUUUAGACCUGUUGCUGAAGAAGUUACAUCAGGUGGUGGAGAAACACCAUGAUACAGAUGUGCUGGAGACGUGUGCUAAGACACUGGAGGUGUUGUGUACAGACGGCAAUGCUAUCUACACCCGGUGCGAUGUACAGCGCAGUACUCUAGUCGAUACCAUUGUCAACAAGUACAAGGAGGCCAUGGAUGACUGGAACUGCCUCAUCGAAGGGGCUGAAACACCAGACGAUGAUGAGACGUUCAGUGUUGUCAACAGCCUUAAGAAGGUGGCAAUUUUCUACUCUUGUCACAAUCUGGGCAGCUGGAACAUUUGGAGCAGUCUUUUCAAGGAUGUGGUGGAAGCUAAGGAUGGCAACAGAACACUACCGGAAGAG